GAAAGUUUUUUUUUCCUGUGUUGGGAGUUAUUGCCUUGCUAUUUAUAGGAUAAUGAGAAAGGCACACAGUUUAAUUUAUUCUAUUGCAUCCACUGUCACUCCAAAGUGCAUAUUUGUAUCAUCAACAUUCAGCGCAAAUCAAUUAUGUUUGUACCGCGCCUCUGAACUCAUCCAGUCUCAAGGGUUGACUCCCCCACGUGAUGAAACAGCAGCUACUGUACCUCUCAAUGAUGGAGUCGGAAGAGGCAAGGAUAAAUGGUCAAAUGUAGGAGCAGCGCCAGUUUACUUGAAAACAGAGUCGACCACGGUUAUUUCAAGGUAGAUAACCGAACUAGCCAAACCUAAUCGGAUAAUCGCUUUGGGAUCCCACCUUGUGCACGGGACCGCAGCCUAGAUCUAGUCGGGUACCUGGGGAUGCGAUGGGAGAGCGAGUACCGCAGAGAUGAUGCGUUUUGUACUGGAUUGCUUGCGGACGCCAAGGCAACGGGCACCCUGCAGUGAGAGGGACCAGGACUUUGUGGAACAGGACCAGGGUGUCAUUCAGAAGACUGGAGAAAUCAAAGACCUGCAGGAUGCAGUGCAGCAGGAAGUCAUUGAGCUGCAGGAGCAGCGGGGCGACCGCCAGGAGCUGGAGGAGACCCUGGAGAAGCUGGAGCAGCACAGGGUGGAACUGGAGGAGCAACUCAAACUGACCAGGCUGGAGUGCGUCCAGGAGAGCCAGCAGAUCCUGUCCUUGCAGGCGGAGGAGGUGGCCAGGGAGACAAAGGUGGAGGAGUAUGAGCGGGAGCUGGCCAGGGCCAGGAGGAAACUCAAACAGCUGAAGAUGGAGGUCAGAAAGGCCCAGGGGAAGGUGGAGGAGGCAGGUGAGCGCACCAUUCCUCUGGAGGAGUCCAUCAGCCAAUCAUACGAGGAGAUUUUACAGGAGGAGCAGACGUUCAGUACACUGAGGAGUGAGCGGACGGGAGAUGCAACACUGCCAGACCACCAGCAAGUGGAGUCAAACGACACAUCUCCCAGCAGCCUCAGGACAGAGGACGGAACUCUGGAUGUACCCGAUGUACCAGCCAGGUCAUGGGGCAGGAGCCAAUCACUGCCUGUCUACGCUGAAAUCCUGGCAAACCUUGGGUGCGCAGCUCGCGCUAAGGAUGGAUUGUCUUAUACACAAGAAGAGGAGGAGGAGGAGACACCUGUACCAAGCACACCAAAGCAGAUAGAUAAGGGAGAAGAGGAAGAGAAAAUGGAGGAGGAAGAGAAAAUUUCCCAGACACGAUCCACCAGUAGCAUAGCAGUCGAAGAUCUAGACUUCUACCACCCCGACCCCUUCAUUCACUGUGAAUCUGAACAUGACCUUUUCAAAGAUGACGACUUCUUUGCCAAUACAGAUAAAUCUGAUGAUGACCCGUUCAAAGGCACGGACCCCUUCGCUGCAGACAUCCUCUUUCCAGAGGGGACAGAGGAGCCAUAUCCAUCCUCUGACCCUUUCCCAGACACCCCUGCCUGCCUGGAACCUGGGUUUAACGAGGACACAGACAACAGCCUCUCCUGCCCUGAAAACAAAGCCUCUACCGGCACCCAGUGCUUUGAGUCCGAGUUCCCAGACCAGGAUGAAUCCAGUGACAUAGAAAUCAGUUACAGCAGGGAGGAUCUGGACACUGUUCACACGGACGCUGUUGAACUCUCCUUCGUUGAGCCCAAAACCUUGAUCAUGACCGAACGCUUGGGUUUCAAGCCCAUCUACACAGCUCAAACCUGUUCUUUGGACACUGAAUUAGAUGAUGCAGAUGAACCCGGCUUAGCUUUGGGACGCCAACCCUUCAGUGAAUCAUCCCGGGCCAACACCUGGGCUGCCGGGCCCAACUUAUCCACCGAAUCGGACCCUAAUGGAUACGAGUUUAAUAUCAACGCAGUAUCCCCACCUUCCGACAUAGAAGAGAUUGACAUCACUCUUGGAUCUAUACAGGUUGGCUUUAGGGUUGUGUGUGACUCUGUGGAACUCAGCUACCCUGUUGGGAUUCAGGCCUGUGACUCAGAACCUGCCGGAACAGGUGGAUGCGACCUUCCUGAACCCAGCCCUCCUGUGCCCAUCCGCCCGGUCCGUCCACCUAGACGCCUCAAAGGGGGAGCAUCAGCUGUCCUUGUAGAAGAGCCAGACACUCCCAAAGCUGAACGCUGUGAUCCAGGUUCUUCCAACCGCUCAGCUGAUUCAGAGCUUGACAGUGCUAUCGGGAUGGACCCUCUUAUCAGCUCAGCUGAACACAACAGUAAAUUCAGCUUCAGCAACAGUCUCGAGCUGAACUAUGAACCCAGUAGUCAAACUUCGUACAACUAUGGAUUCAAACUCAGCCCUGAACACCACAGCGAAGAGAUUCUCGAUCCUUUUGGCACUGAACUCAGCGAUGAAGAGGCAGACAACCAAGCCUCAUUUGAUCCAAAUGAAUUUGAGCCUACCGCUCAACCUGAGACCCAAGACAAGUUCGACCCUUACGAGUUUGGACAAAAGCCUCAUGCCACCAACCAAGCCUCAUUUGACCCGUAUGAAUUUGAGCCUACCGCUCAACCUGAGACCCAAGACAAGUUCGACCCUUACGAAUUUGGACAAAAGCCUCAUGCCACCAACCAAGACACAUUUGACCCCUAUGGUUUCAAACUCGUAAGUUUUGAGACUGACAACCAAGCUAUUGUCGACUUACACAGCAGCGAUGGUACCAACCUUAAAGACAACAAUAACAGAACCAACCGGGACCCCUUUAGCUUUGAUUUCAGUAACGCAGCAUCAAUGGACCACUAUAGUUCAGACCCCAGUAAUACUGCAACAAUGGACCUCCUAGGUCUGGAACUCAGCAGAGCCAACAGUGUUGCUGAGUCAGACUGUAACAAUCCUACAGUGUCUGACCCAUUAGGAACAGUACAAACCAUGGCAACUGGAAGCAACCUGUUAGACCUGGACCUUGUGUUUGGAAGCAGUAGUUAUGGAAACCCUGAGGUCGCCCCUGAGCUCGACCCCUGUGAGCCUAGACAGGGAAACCCUGCUGGCCCAGACAACUUUGCGUUCAGAGCGAGAGACACCGCCCACUCCGAGUCUGUCGACACCGUUUCUGACUGGAUGACUGUUAAGACCAACUCCAGGGAGUCUUUCGGCCCAGUCAACUCCCGCACACACAGCCUGGACAAAUGAACCAUUCCCUGGGAAGAAGUCACCAGUCUGGCCAUGAGUCUACUGCAGUACAGCCCAACAAUGGGGAAGUAGAUGGAAAGAUAGCAGGUGAAGGAAGGAAUGAGAGAAAGGAGUCACUUUUCUCCAACCUGGCAUGAUUCACCUUGACUCCUAGUCAAGGGUUGCAACAUUGCAUUGAUUUAAAAGGGAUUGAUAUGUUCAUUGAAAAUCAUAAUUUGACCAUUCUAAUUUAUGAGUUAUUAAUUGGUGAUGGUUGUUUUGCAUAGGUAGAGGUAGAGGUGAGAACAUACAUUUCCAUAUCCCUAAGAACCUCAAGUUUUAAUAGCAUGAAAACGAAAGGAUUUAUUAUCCUGUUUAUCUUGAAACUCUUUAACCAUCCAUCCUUUAUCAGAAAUAUAUGAGAUGCCAAGGGAUAGGGUAAAGGGUGGAGUGAAUCAUUUGGAAUUGAGCUUUCUGGAAAUACAACCAAUCAUUUUUGAUGGAGGUGAGCAAACCAGGUUGGUAGAAUGCAGGGUAUGAGCUUCUUUAUGUUCAUGCUUUAUGAGUCAACUGUAAAUAAAUCAUUGAAUAGGUUUUAAGUAAAGCCAACUGCGGCAAAUACAAAUUGUUAAAAUCAAAUCAAAUGUUAUUUGUCACAUACACAUAUUUAGCAGAUGUUAUUGCCGGUGUAGCGAAAUGCUUGUGUUCCUAGCUCCAACAGUACAGUAGUAUGUAACAUAAAUAUAUUAAACAUAAAUAUUUAAAACCCCUUGGACCUUGCACGCCCGAUUUUCCCUCCUGGUUAGCUAUUUAAUAUUCUACCUACCAAUGUGACAUGGCGUGAGCCAUACCUUAAACAAAUGUGUGUCUAUGUAUAUAAAUGUAAAUCCAUAUGUACUUUCUCAGACGCCCUGGGCCAGUAAUACAUAGAUAAAUGUAGGGAACUACAAAGUGAGUGAGUGUCUGAUCUUACAACCAUACUUAUAAUAAAGGGGAUCUACUCAUUCAGAUCCGCUUUAGCCAACAUCCACAUAGUGGUUGUUUCGGCGGUGUCUGAGGUGGAACUGUGUUAGAGCUGUGAGAUCCACAAGCAGCUCCUGGCAUUAUACCUAAAGCGGACAUUGCCAUUGGCUGCACAGAGUCGCAUUAAGAUAAAUUCCAUGCAGCCUUGUUAACAAGUUUCAAACACUAGAACGUGAGAUGUAAUCUACACCUCGAUUAGGCUGGUAGAAAUCCUAAUUUUGUUUAAUGAUUUUGAGCAUCAUUAUUUCUAGAUAUACACUUCCUUGUUCUGAACGUCUAACUCGAGUGGGACAAUGAUCAAGAGCAGCUGCUCACCGAUUUGACAGCUCCAACGCAGUUACUCCUCCAACAGUUACUCCUCCGACACCGCCAAAAACAUCAACUGUGUGGGUGUCGGCUAUCGCCGAUUAACGCUUGAUCUGAUUGAAUCUUGGCCUUAACCUUUCGUCCAGUUUGCAAAUAUCUAUCGUUACAAAAUGGAUUCCCACUUUUGCAUACUGGUACUGCCAAUAUAACACGCCAUAUUCUUUGUACAAAGUGUCUUUAUUGCAGUGAUGGGGAAUGGCAAAAGAAACCCAAACAGAAAGAAUCUAGACCCAACUGCAUGUAACACAUUCAUUAUCAGCUACAAUGCACAGUAAAACAAAUGAAAAAUACACAAGCAAUCCUGCCUGGUCAAAUAAAAAUGAAGUGCAUAUAAUCAACGAAAAACAAAAACAUUUUUUUACCCAUAAAACAUUAAAAGAAUGUAGAUAUGUUGUGUGCAUAUGCACAAUAUAGGCCUAUGUAGACAAUUUCACCUCGUUUCAACCAUUUUUAAUCCAGAUUUUAUACUCGAAACUUGAUUUAGUUGAUACUACACAGCAUCAACAAGAUGGCGUUUAAAAAAAGCACACAGAAGAACCUUCCUGCCACUGAGAAUUGUGUUCAGAAGCUACAGUUGACCUUGAUGUAAUCAACUACCAUACCCCACAAUUGUGUCGGCAGUGCAGAUAAUGGCAUCACUUUUGAUGAGUGUGUUUACUAAUAUAUUCACAGUUCAUAUUGCCCUUACAAAAAAAGAUUACAGUUUUGAAACUGCAGUCUACUGUGUUAUUUUGGAGCAAUAAUUGCAGCAUACUGCAGCUAUACUGCACUCUGACUGCAAUCUCUUUUCUUAACGGUGGUUUGAAAAACAUAUCCAUUCCCCGUUUAUUUGUGUUCUUCAGCAAAUAACUCUAUAACGAGACACUCAUUGACUGUCCAGCAAUAUAUUUUUUGCAUGCUUAGAUACUUAGAAUUAGAACAGGAAUAGACAGAUCGACUUGACUUUAAUGUAGACUCAUGGAGUCAACCACCAGAGGCAACAUACUGUAUGAUUGAGGAGAUUUAAAAUGUGCCAUGCUAUAUAAAAACAGCAGCGCUUUCAAAAUGGGGACCUAAAACUAAGAAGCUUUAACUCUGACAACUGAGGCACCUAAAAAAAAAAAAGCACAAGUCUUAUAUUGUUCCACAUAAUGUGAUGGAAAUUUACUCUGCCAUUUCUUCAUUUGAAAUGUCAGACUGCCAAGAAUAACACUGUUGCAGUUCAUAUCUUUCCAUUUACCCACAAACCAAAAUAAGACUUGUUCAACAUUCUAAGAAUUAAGCCCCAGAAAGUUAUUUUGUCCCGAUAAGAGUUUGAUUGGGUUUACAGUGUAGUCAGCUACUGAUAGCACAUGACAAAAAGGCACCCCUUCAACAUGUUACUCCCAAAUAGAGUAACACUCAGUGAAAGUCCUAAAAGAGAUUACAGUUGCACUUUCUUUUACAAUCUGUAUUUACUAGAGAAUUCAUUUAGCUUAGGUCAAAUACUUAAGAUGUGCUCGAUUUAGUUAACCAGACAGCUAACUCCAAGCACACAAGUAUGAGACACAUAUUUGUCCCAAGAGCUGUUGAAUACUGUGAUAUACAACACUUUACUUGGACCGUAGAGUGACAUUUCCAAUGACUGAACUUGGUAGCAUACUUGUGAUUUUUCAGGAGUGAAGGAUAAAUACACUGUACUGUUUUACACAUUUAUUACGCAAUAAGUACUCGAUGAUAGUUUAAUAAACCCAUAUUGAUCACACAAUGUUCCAAGGUAUCAAUUGAACAGACACUGCAUCCCCUCUAGACCAUCAUUCAACCAUCAAAAUCAUAAUAAUUCUGCCAGCCAUCCAAUCAACAACUGAGAACAUACCAACUUCCUGAUAUGGGCUUAAUACUUGUACAUUCCUGUCCAUUGACAAGCUCCUCCCUUGGACGUAGCGGAACCGUGUUUGUUCCUAAUAUGUUCCUUCUGCCGGCCACUUGGUUCUCAGUUCUAGGUGAAACGUGGUCGGACGGUUGCACACAGCUAACGAGUAACCCCAGACGCCAUACUGACUCAAAUCUACCAGUGGUCUAUGGUCAUAUCAGUGAGGGGUGUAGACUAGAGCCGUCUUUAGAAAGACAAGGGUACAGGGGUCAGCCUAGGCUUGGUCCCCCCUCUGUUCUAGGCUUUGUCCUUGCGCUUCAGCUUGUUGACUUUCUUCGCUCCGCCGUUCUUGUUGAUUAACUUCAUGACUUUCUCCUUGUGGUCCAGCACCUUCAUCAUGGCAUCUCUAGCUUCAGUGAUCUGGUCCAUCACCAGCUUACAGCGCUGCAUGUUACCCUGGGGGGGGAGAGACAAUUCAAGAUGGCUGACUGACAUUCAUAACAAAGGCCCAGGUAGAUUUUCCCUUGAGCCCUCAGAAAUUAUAUACACCUGCCUGUGGAAUUGAUUAAACAACAGACCAAAUACUGCUAUAGAGCAGCACGCCUCACUUUAAUAUGAGUGUAGUAGCAGUGUUUACGGGAAUAGUAAGUUCUUAGAUAUUGUGAUUAAACGUGUGCUCAGGAAAACCUGUUUGGUUUGUAGGCUAUAACUAAGGGCCAGAGUUUUUUCUGGUCAAGUCUCCAGGUCUGGGAAAACUCUGGGCCUCCCCAUGAGCAGCAGACGUGCAUGGAUUUCCUUUGUGUUGUUGCGUGUAUGACCUCUGACCUGUAUGAGCUCGUUGAUACGGUGCAUGUCAUCAUCCGACCCGGCCUUCUUCUUUGGGAUCAGGCCCUCUUGGAGGGUAGUGAGCCGGCUGUACACGUCAUGCUCCAGACUAGUCUGGGGGAUAGAUAGGGGAUACAAUAGAGAGACCAAUACAACAUGAUUGACGUCACAAAUGACUGCUAUUCAGGAGGACAAUUACUGUAUCUUGUUCUAAGAAAAUAUGGGUAUAGAACCACUUCAUUGUCUUCUGACAGCUACGUCAAACAAUGUGAAGUGUUGCCAUGAAGCACCAUCAGCGCAGAUGGCCGUGGUGCUAAAUGACGUGAGACAGUGAGAUCCACUUGGAUAACUUUAAGAGUCACCCUUUUUCACGCCAACUUCAUAACUCUAAGGAUCUCUUUUUGUUGUGCUUAACAUCCAGCUAACUGCACGUAAAAGGGAAGUGUUUCUCACCAGCUGCAUGAGCUGUGCAGCACACAGGUGCAUCUUCCAGCCCUGUGCUCUGCACACCACCCCCUUCUGAUUGGCUACAUCCUGCAGGGUGCCCUUCUUCUCCUCUGAAACCAUGACAACACACCAUUAAGCCAUGUUAUAAUAUAAUAUCUUCAACAACACACCAUUAACCCAAUGAGCUACAUACGUCCGUGGUGUACCAUUGCAUUUGUCCAUUUCUUCUGCAUCCAUAGAUACCAACCAUUAGUAUGUGUGAUUCAUUGAGGCUGAGCUAGUGGUGUUUGAGACACCCCCGAAUAGUUAUUAGCUCAAACUAUUAAAAGCUGUUUAUGAAAAGACUCAUGAACAUGUGACAUGUUUUGCUCUAUGAUGCCCACAAGCCACAGAAGAGUCAGUCAUUAGAAGGUAAGGUGUUAUAGAAGACUGUAGGAAAUCACAGGACAUGUGUCAAUAAUACUGUAAUAAGCUCACAGUUGCUGUCACAAACUCCAAACAGUUGUCACUGACUAGUGGAUAUUCAUUUCCCAAUGAGGAAACCAUUUCUGUACUUACAGCAUUCGUAUAAAUACAUUUUUGAAACAGGUUUUUACUUUGGCAGACCUUAUUUUUGUUAUUGACAUUUGUGAAUAAAAUUCAUGAAUGCAACUAUUUGUCAAAUUGUUUUGUGUUCUACUUACAGCCCUGGUUACCCUGAAAAUAGUAAAAACACUUAAUUGUGAGGCUAUAUAUAAAGGGCUGGACAGCCACAUAAAUGAAGGUCAGAUAAAUGAAAAGGUGAUUUUUGCUAGGGUCUCGGGUCUGACAGGGUUAAGCCAUCUUAUAAUAAUACAGUAACACCUUCAACACAAGAGGUCGACCGAUUAUGAUUUUUCAACGCCGAUAACGAUUAUUGGAGGACCAAAAAAUGCCGAUGGCGAUUAAACUGGCAUAUAUAUGCCUGUUUAUAUAUGAUAUAUAUGAUAUAUAUGAAAUAAUGACAAUUACAACAAUACUGAAUGAACAAUUAACACUUCUUUUAACUUAAUAUAAUACAUAAAUAAAAUCUAUUUAGUCUCAAGUAAAUAAUGAAACAUGCCUAAUUUGGUUUAAAUAAGGCAAAAACAGUGUUGGAGAAGAAAGCAAAAAAUAUUCCCAGUAAAGAAAUAUUAGGUUGCAGUUAUUAUAGGAAUUAUGACACGUCGACUAUUUCUCUCUAUACCAUUUGUAUUUCAUAUACCUGACUAUUGGAUGUUCUAAUAGGCACUUUUGUAUUGCCAGCCUAAUCUCACGAGUUGAUAGACUUGAAGUCAUAAACAGCGCUGUGCUUCAAGCAUUGCUAAGAGCUGCUGGCAAACGCAGGAAAGUGCUGUUUGAAUGAAUGCUUACGAGCCUGCUGCUGCCUACCAUUGCUCAGUCAGACUGCUCUAUCAAAUCAUAGACUUAAUUAUAAUAAACACAGAAAUACGAGCCUUUGGUCAUUAAUAUGGUCAAAUCCGGAAACUAUCAUUUCCAACACAUUUUAUCGAAUGGGUGGCAACCCUAAUUCUAAAUAUUGCUGUUUCAUUGCACAACCAAUGUUCUGUAAAAUUCUGGCAAAUUAGUUUGCAAUGAGCCAGGUGGCCCAAACUGUUGCAUAUACCCAGACUCUGCGUGCAAUGAAUGUAAGAGAAGUGACACAAUUUCCCUAGUUAAUAUUGCGUGCUAACAUGAAUUUCUUUUAACUAAAUAUGCAGGUUUAAAAAAAAUGUACUUCUGUGUAUUGAUUUUAAGAAAGGCAUUGAUGUUUAUGGUUAGGUACAUUCGUGCAACGAUUUUGCUUUUGUUAAAUCAUUACCCGCUUGGCGAAGUAGGCUGUGAUUCGAUGAUGAAUUAACAGGCACUGCAUUGAUUAUAUGCAACGCAUGACAAGCUAGUUACACUAGUAAUAUCAUCAACUAUGUGUAGUUAACUAGUGAUUAUGUGAAGAUUGAUUGUUUUUUUUUAUAAGAUAAGUUUAAUGCUAGCUAGCAACUUACCGUGGCUCCUUGCUGCACUCGCGUAACAGGUGGUCAGCCUGCCACACAGUCUCCUCGUGGAAUGCAAUGUAAUCAGCCAUAAUUGGUGUCCAAAAAUGCAGAUUUAACGAUUGUUAUGAAAACUUCAAAUCGGCCAUGCAGAUUAAUCGGUCGACCUCUAGUCAACACACCAUUAAGCCAUUUUACAAUAUGAUACAGGGUUUUUUUCUGUAUCAGAAGGGGCUUAGGUGGUGGGCAUUAGCGCGGCAACAUUGCUUAGAACAUUUUAGAGGUCCCCAUCUUGGCGGUGUAGAGAAACGGUUUCAUUUAAGCCAAUUUCCUGCAAUUCUACAAAUUUCUCAAUGGAGCACAGAAAAAUGAUUGCUGUUUUAAAGCUAGUUUCUUGUAAUUCUAUAUUAUAAAACAGAAAAAUAAUACAGUAAUACACACCAUUAAGAUAUGUAAUUAUAACUAGGGUCAGGAGUUUUUCCUGGGUAGGAAAAUCUCUAGAUAUAAAAUAUUUGUGCUUUGAAACUCACUGGUCAAUUGCUAGCAAGCCAUGCCAUAAAACAGAACAGUGGAAUUAACUGGUGUUUUCCCCCAACUAGCGUUACUAAUGAAAAGGUCUAACAAUGAUGUGACGACAACAAAUGACAUUAGCUUUCAUAGCAUACGAAUAAAUCCUUUCCGUUUUGCUUCACAGUGCACAUAGCACAAUAGAAAGAAGUCCUCUUGGUGUGUGUGUGUUCUAAAUGUUUUCAUAUGUGUGCACUCUGGAGAGAAUAAUAACCUUGUGUGUGAUGUUGUAAUAAUUGUUGUGUCAUUUAGAUUGUCAAAACAAAACAAUGAAUAAACAAUUCAACGUCAAAAAGCC